AUGAAAAUUUCAAUAAUUUUAUUUCUGUUGAUUAUUUUGGCAUUAUUUGAAGAAUAUUUACUUAUAUUUAAUGGCAAAGAAUUUACAACCGAAGAUUAUCCGUACAUAAUGAUUGUUAGAUGUAAGGGUGAAUAUACAGAUUCACUAUGUACAGGCUCAUUAAUAAGUGAAUUGUUUGUAUUAACAGCUCAAAGGUGUAUUUAUGGUCAAGCUGAAAAAGAUGUAGAUGUAACUCAAGGAGCACCCUAUCUUAGAAACGAAUAUCAUAAAGUUGUCAAAAUACACCAACACAAAACCUACGAUCCAAAAGAAAAAAAUGCUGGAGACAUUUGUUUGUUACGAAUUGAAUUUGCGUUUCCUCGUAUAAAUACAUUUUUAAAACUUGGUGGCUCGCCUAAAGAUUUUGAUAAUCUAAAAACGAUGAGUUGUCAAAUGUUUGGAUUUGGUCAUACUGGAAAUCAGAAAACGAAAGUUGGUACAGGAUUUAUGAUGACCGGUGAUGUCAGAUAUGGUAAAAAAGCUUGUCAAGUAUCAAACAGUAAACUGAUAAAAGACACAUGGGACCAAUAUUUAUGUUUGGUACCGAACCAAAAUUCAACGACAUGUGAAUCUUUUGACGUUGGAGGUCCCAUGAUCUGCAACGGCAAACAAUAUGGAUUAAACAGUUUUCAAUAUACCUACAAAAAAGGUGGUGGGUUUAAAUGUGGUGAUAAGGACCAGCAGGUGGUGUACGUGUUCAUACACUAUUUUAAAGAUUGGAUAAAUAAUAUAAUUGACCCAAAAAAAAAAAAAAAGAAGAAGAAAAAGAGUUCUGGGAAUUUGCUUAAGCCACAUCAUACAUUGCAUUUAAUUAAACUGUGUGGCCUAGACAAACAAAUAUGGAGCUGCAUAAAAGCUGAUGGCUGCAUUUCGCGUGAAGCACAAUCUGCUGGGUUGUCAUCGGUUCGCACAUUUCCCCAUUUAUUUUAUACGACGGUAAAAGUCGGUGUACCUGAUGCACUCGUGGCUAUGUUUGAACAUAACUCAACUUUUCAUUUCAAUAAUAGUCUUAUAUACAAAGAAACAAUAUUUAAAUCCAAAGAUUAUACGUACUUAAUGUAUCUUAGAAUGUGGGAUAAAAUUAGAACAAAAGGGUAUGAAGCGUGCUCAGCAUCAUUAGUAACAGAAUUGUUCCUAUUGACAGCUGGAUUGUGUUGUUUUGGAUACACUGUAUAUGAUAUAGAAGUAAGAUCAUCAAUAAAAGUUAAAGGCAUUGACUUUAAAUUCAAAAAGGUUGCCAAAAUAUACCUACACGAAAAUUAUAGUAAAGGAAGAUAUGACAUUUGUGUGUUAAAACUAGAAAAAAAAUUCCCGGAAAUCGAGGCAUUUUUGAAAAUUGGGAGUUCGUCUGAAGAUUUUUCUUUUGGCAAAAAGUUAAAUUGUAUGAUUUUUGGAUUUGGUCAAAAAAUUGCCGUUGGUUCAGGUUAUAUGAUGACCAAUGAUAUCAACCAAAAAAAUCAGAAGGAGAAGAAGAAGAGGAAACCGAAUUCUGGGAAUUUGCUUAAGUCACGUCAUUACACAUUGUACAUAAUUUUAACAAUUCUAUUGUGUAAUAUGUUGACAUUUAUUUAA